AUGGCUGCCGAGUACCUCACACAGUACCCUCUGCUGUUUCUGGCACUGACCUUGGCCGCUGUUUUGCUGAUCAAACGAUGGCUUCACAACCCAGGAAACAUUCCCCCGUUUCCGGCCAGGCCCUACCCUAUCGUUGGACAUUUGCCUCUUCUGAAGAAAACGCCAAGAGAAACAAUUGCAAAGUGGGCCGAACAAACAGGGGACAUGUUUAGCCUCUACAUGGGCACAUCUCUUGUAGUCGUCCUGAACAGCUAUGAUGUCCUGAAGGACGCCCUGGUCAGACAAGCGGAACACUUCACAGAGAGGCCGCCAAGCUUCAUCGGCAGAAUCUCAAAGGAAGGAGAUAAAGGAAUCCUUAGUAAUUCUGGACCUGAAUGGAAAGAACAAAGAGCCACAACCAUCACAUUACUGAGAAAUUUUGGAAUGGGCAAAAAUACACUGGCUGAGAGCAUCCAAGGGGAGAUUUCUGCCUACUUGAAAGAGAUCAGUAGUUUCAACGGAAAACCAACGGAUGUGAGGACUUUAACCAACGCCAGUGUCUCCAACGUCAUUUGUUCCAUCAUCAUAGGCAAGCGGUUUGACUACAACGACCCCUUCUUCAUCAACUUCAUGCACAUUUUCAACGAACAGAUAAGAUUGCUUGCUGGCACCUCAACAUUGAACUGGUUCCACUGGCUCCGAUUUCUCCCUGGGGAUUUCUUCAACGCCAAGAAAAUUCAGAAAAAUCAACAGGCGCUGGUCAGUUAUUUCAGUGACCGAUACAUCAGCGAGUACUCUCAGAAUCUUGACGAGAACAACGUUGAUAAUUUUAUUGCUGCUUACCUCAUUGAGUCUAAGAAACGGCAGAAAAGUGGAACUCCGACCACACUGGACGGAAUUAACCUACGACGUGUCAUCGCUAACUUGUUCAUUGCUGGCAGCGAGACAACAAGCACAACCAUGCUCUGGUUUAUGGUCUACAUGCUCCGUCAUCCGGACGUUCAACAGAAGAUAUACAAGGAAAUUGAGGAAGUUGUGGGUACAGAAAAACCACCAACAAUGAAUGAUAAAUCGAAAUUAAACUACCUGAACGCUGCCAUCAUGGAGACCCAGAGGAGUGCAAGUAUAGUCCCUUUUAGCCUUGUCCACAUGUGUACCGCGGAUACCACAGUACUCGGCUACUUCAUACCCAAGGGCACUGUCAUAUUCCCGAAUUUGGAUGCCGUCCUCUUGGACAAGAAGACAUGGGGUGACCCCUUGAACUUUAGACCUGAGCGCUUUCUUGACGCGGAGGGCAACUUGGUGAUUCCGGAGCAGUUCGUUCCCUUUUCUCUGGGGCGACGAGUCUGUCUUGGGGAAUCCCUAGCAAAAAUGGAGCUGUUCUUGUUUCUGUCGGCGCUGAUCCAAAAGUUCGAAUUUCUGCCAGCUGAUCCCAACAACUUGCCGACCUGCAAAAGUGUCUUCGGAGUCACCAGCGCACCUCUGCCAUUUCAGAUCAGAUUUGUCGAAAGAAAGGCUUAG